UCCUCCUCUCGUAUCAGAGACGCACACACACGCACACAUACACACACACAUACACCCACAUCCACACACACACACACACAGUCCAAACCCCCAGAAAAGCCCUGCUGCUGAAUCCUCACACCGUCUGUCAGCAUGGGGAGCGCUUGUUUUUCCCGGGACGUUUGUUUGUUUAUCCUCCUCAUAAAUACUUGCAGGGUGAUGGGGAAUGUUGGACCGGCAGAUGCAGAUGAGUGUGCAGAAGGUUCGGACGACUGCCACAUCGACGCCCUCUGCCAGAACACGCCCAAGUCCUACAACUGCAUCUGCAAGCCGGGCUACAAGGGAGAUGGCAAGCAGUGUGAAGACAUGGACGAGUGUGAGAACGACUACAAUGGGGGCUGCGUCCACGAAUGCAUCAACAUACCUGGUAACUACAGGUGCACCUGCUACGAUGGAUUCAUGCUGGCCCACGACGGACACAACUGUCAGGAUGUGGACGAGUGCAUGGACAACAACGGCGGAUGCCAGCAAGUGUGUGUCAACACCAUGGGGAGCUACGAGUGUCAGUGCACGGACGGCUUCUUCCUCAGCGACAACCAGCAUACCUGCAUCCACCGCUCCGAUGACGGGAUGAACUGCAUGAACAAGGACCACGGCUGUGCCCACAUCUGCAGGGAGGCUCCGGGCAAAGGCGGUGUGUCCUGCGAGUGCCGUCCCGGCUUUGAGUUGGCCAAAAACCAGAAAGAAUGUACAUUGACGUGUAACUAUGGAAACGGCGGCUGCCAGCACACAUGUGACGACACAGACACGGGGCCGGUGUGUGGCUGCCACCAGAAGUACGCCCUGCACUCCGACAGCAAGACCUGCAUCGAGAAAGAUGAGGCUGCAAUUGAGAGCUCUGAGUUCAAUGCCACGUCAGUAGCUGAUGUGGACAAGCGGGUGAAACGGCGGCUACUUAUGGAGACCUGCGCCGUGAACAACGGCGGCUGCGACAGGACGUGCAAAGACACGGCCACGGGGGUGCGCUGCAGCUGCCCCGUGGGAUUCACUCUGCAGCCUGACGGCAAGACCUGCAAAGACAUCGACGAGUGCCAGGAGAACAACGGAGGCUGCGAUCACUUCUGCCGGAACACGGUGGGCUCCUUCGAGUGCAGCUGCCAGAAAGGACACAAACUGCUCACCGACGAACGGACAUGUCAAGACAUUGACGAGUGCUCCUUCGAGAGAACCUGUGACCACACCUGCAUCAACUACCCAGGCAGCUUCGAGUGCGUGUGCAAGAAGGGCCACAUCCUGUACGGCCUCACUCACUGUGGAGACAUCGAUGAGUGCAGCAUCAGCAACGGGAGCUGCGAGUACGGCUGCAUCAACACUCAGGGCGGCUACGAGUGUGUGUGUCCACCCGGACAGAAGCUCCACUGGAACAAGAAGGACUGCAUCGAGGCGGUGAAGUGUCUGCCCAAUGGGAAGCCAGCACCCCGAGCCCAGCUGACGUGCACCAAGAGCGGAGGGGCGGAGAUCUGCUCGCUCUCCUGCCCCUCCAACGCCCUCUUCCUCGCAGACUCGGAGAACAGCUACACGCUGAGCUGCGGCGUUCCCGUCCAGGCUGGUAAAGCUCCUCAGAAGAGGAACGCCACCACUGCCUUACCCACCUGUGCCGACACGCUGGCUCCACCCAUCAAGCAGAAGGCCAGGUUCAAGAUCAAAGACGCCAAGUGUCACCUGAGGCCCCGCAACAAGGAGAAACACCGAGAUACCUCCCGGCAGAACCUGCCAGUAGGAGGCCAGUUCCCCUGCACCGACGACUGCCAGGUAACUUUCGUUAACCUCAAGUGCGACUCGUCUAAGAAGCGCCGACGAGGACGCAAAUCUCCUUCGAAGGAGGUUUCCCACAUCACAGCGGAGUUUGAGAUGGAGAUGAAGGAGGAAGAAGCCUCAGACACGUGUAACGUGGACUGCGUGCGGGAGAGGAUGAAGCAGAAGCUGCAGAGCGCCAUGCGGACGCUCAGGAAGUCCAUCAACAAGCAGCAGUUCUACAUCCAGUUCUCCGGGACGGAGUACGAGGUGGCCCAGAAACCGUCCCGGCUGCCGGACGGAACCGAGGCCUGCAGCACGGGACAAGUCCUCCGAGACGGAAAGUGUGUGAGCUGUGGCAUGGGGACGUUCUACAGCGGCGAGCAGGAGCAGUGCGUCCAGUGUCCUUCAGGGACGUAUCAGGACACCGGGGGUCAGCUGUCCUGUGAGCCAUGUCCCAGCACCGAAGGACAGGGCAUCGCCGGUGCCAAGAACGUGUCCCAGUGUGGAGGUCAGUGUCCAGCGGGUCACUUCUCCGCCGACGGGUUCCGACCGUGCCAGGUCUGUCAGCUGGGCUCCUACCAGCCAGAACCGGGCCGAGUCCUCUGCUUCCUCUGCGGAGGAGGUCUCAUGACCAAGUACGAAGCAUCGACGUCCUUCAGGGACUGUGAGGCCAAAGUGCACUGUGCUCCUGGACAUUACUACAACUCCAGCACCCACCGCUGCAUCCGCUGCCCAGCAGGAACCUACCAGUCGGAGUUUGGGCAGAACUACUGCAUCACCUGCCCGGGGAACACCACCACCGACUUUGACGGAGCCACCAACGUCUCCCACUGCAAAAACCAGCUGUGUGGAGGUGAGCUGGGAGAAUACACGGGCUACAUCGAGUCUCCCAACUACCCCGGAGACUACCCGUCCAACGUGGACUGCGUCUGGACCAUCAACCCGCCGCACAAGAGGCGGAUUCUCAUCGUGGUGCCAGAGAUCUUCCUCCCCAUCGAGGACGAGUGUGGAGACGUGCUCGUCAUGAGGAAGAGCGCCCUUCCCACCUCAAUCACCACCUACGAGACGUGUCAGACCUACGAGCGGCCCAUCGCCUUCACCUCUCGCUCUCGCAAGCUCUGGAUUCAGUUUAAGUCCAACGAGGGCAACAGCGCUAAAGGCUUCCAGGUUCCGUACGUCACCUACGAUGAGGACUACCAGCAGCUGAUAGAGGACAUAGUGCGAGACGGCCGGCUCUACGCCUCCGAGAACCACCAGGAGAUACUGAAGGACAAGAAGCUGAUAAAGGCCCUGUUUGACGUGCUGGCUCAUCCCCAGAACUACUUCAGGUACACAGCGCAGGAGUCCAAAGAGAUGUUCCCUCGCUCCUUCAUCAAGCUGCUGCGCUCCAAAGUCACCAGGUUCCUAAGGCCGUACAAAUAGACGGGGGGGGGGCCUCUCCACUGUCCUGUCCUUAAAGACCCCACCCCCCCUCCGUCAUCCUGCGUCAUUCCAAAUCAACUAAAUGUAACCCCCCCUCCCCUCCCUUACCUCGUCUUCUUCUCUCCUGCUUUGGUCAAUACUUUGAUGUAAACGUUCUGCGACUAAACAUCUCCAUUUCCUGUUGGUCACAUGAUGCCUUUCCUCAUCUUUGACCCUUUAAUUAGUAACAUUAACUGACCCCCCUCUCCCCUCCAGUUAGCUUUGAGUCCCUGGUCAAGACCUUUGAAUCCGCCCGCUCCACCGAGUUCAUCUGACGGUUUCUCGGUUAAAAAGCAAUCGAGCCGAUGAGCGCCGAAAAAGGGAACAACGGCGUUGUCAAACCGUUGUCAAGAUGAUGAUGGAAACGGAGUGUAACGUUGACAGUUCUGUCAAAUAUCAGGCUCUUUGUGUAAGGUUUGACCGAUACGGGUUUAUGCAGGCCAGUAUUCAUAUGUUUAUAACGUCGCUGAAAAUGAUAGCUAAGCUAAGCUACCGGUUGCUGGCUGUAGUUUCAUAUAUAAUGGACGGUUAUUAAUCUUAUCAUCUAACUCUUGGCAAGAAAGCCAAUUUCCCAAAAUGUAGGACUAUUCCUUUAAAAAAUAGUGUGUUAGCAAUCUGUAAAGUCAUAAAUGACUAUUAUUAAGCAUUCCUGAAGUACAUAUUAUCGUAAGGUAUUUAGUAAACGGCCAGUAUCAGCAAACCAAUGUAUCGGUCAAACCCUAUUUCUGUACACCUAUAAACUAUUUCCUCCUCUCUCCCGACCCUCCCCACAUUCCUUCACUUCCUUCGUUAAAACCCUUUCUCCUUCCUUCCUUCCUCCUCGUUUUAUUUUGCUCUGCUUUGUUUCCUGUGUUGUUGUUGUUGUUGUUUUUGUAAUAUUUAUACUGAACAUGUCAGAACUUGCAGAAGCAUCACAUCGCAGAUGUACGACGCACAUACAGAUGUGUGAGACGUGUAUGUUUAUGUGGACAUACACGGGUGUACGUUGCGUGAUGUGUUGAGACGUUUUGGCCCCCACACAGUGUACAUGGAUGUAUUCUGAAUUGGAUUUCGUUUUUGGCCCCGACGUGCACGAGACAGAAAACAACUGGUGCACUUAAACAAAUAUAUUUUAACAUGGAAAAAUGAUUUGAAAGAAGAAAUGUUAAAGUGGGGAAACCAGGUACCGGUAAAGAUUAAACGGGGUGAAUCAGAAAGUCUAUAUUGUAAUUUUUUUUAAAUAAUAAUAAAAAAAAAAGAUAUAUAACAAGAUGAGAUAAACUACCUGCAAGUAACAGAGUGUUACUUUAGAGAGAAAUGUAUGUGAUGUAACUAAUAUUUGGAACUUUAAUUGCACUUGAAUUUUAUAUUUUAAACUGUAGG